AACAUUUAUGUUACCUGAUAACAAGGUCAAAUGAAACAAAUGUUUCUAGAUAACUAUGGAGCUGAAAUUAUGACAUUGUAAAGUCAGUUGAUUUCAUGGGCUUAAACUUUCAUGGUUUUGGCCAAAAACAGCUAUUUCAGAGAUAAAGAGUUUUGUAAAGUAAUUAGCCAAAACAUCAUUGAGAUAGGAGUUUGUGGGUUUCAACUUUUGAUGAUAGAAUAUGCUGAUUGUUCAGAAAAAUUUCUGAAAACCGAACCCUGUCCGGAUCAAGUCAUAUGUCCCGUUUUCAGGGGAUUUUCACAGAUUUGUUUGAGGUACAUAGCAUUAUGUAUACAAUUUUUUGUCCAUUCUUUGUUUUAUCUGCUGGUAUUAUCUUUAAUGUCUUUUUGUUUUUGUUUCUCUCUUGUAUUAUAUUAAAACUGAAAAAUUAUAGUCAUUUAACACAAAACCUCAUAAAAUGAAACUUUACAGGAAUGUUUCUCUUAUCAUGGAAAUGGAAUAGACGAGCUCCUAUAAAUCUGGCAUGGAAUAUGCAUCAUGUGAAGAUUGAUCUUUAAUAAUUAUGAAUAUUUAUAUUUUUCAUAUGUGGAAAAAAAAGCCAUUUUGGUAAAAGGACUUGUACAACAAGAGAUCUAGUCAUUAUCAGUUAACUUCGCUCUCUUAGAUUAAGAUAUUUUUAUGCUCUCCGGCAUCUACUGAUGCGGGAGGCAUAUAGUGAUUGGCCUGUCCGUUCGUCCAUCCAUCCAUUCGUUCGUCCGUCCAUCCGUUCGUCUGUCCGUACGAGGUUAACCAAAUGGGACCGUUUCGUCUAGCAUCAAUACCCCUUACUAGAAUGACUUGAUAUUAAUGCAGAUGUAACCUGUGACCAUUACUCAUCUUCAGACAUCACCUGACCUCAGUUUGACCUUGACCUUGACCUUGACUUCAUUUUGGACUUAGGUUGCUUUAUAUGGGCCAGACUCGUGGUUAACCAAAUUUGACCGUUUCAUCUAGCAUCAAUACCCCUUACUAGAAUGACUUGAUACUAAUGUAGAUGUAACCUGUGACCAUUACUCAUCUUCAGACAUCACCUGACCUCAGUGUGACCUUGACCUUGACCUCAUUUUGGACUUAGGUUCCUUUAUAUGGGCCGUCUCUUGGUUAACCAAAUGGGACCGUUUUGUCUAGCAUCAAUACCCCUUUCUAGAAUGACUUGAUACUAAUGCAGAUGUAACCUGUGACCAUUCCUCAUCUUCAGACAUCACCUGACCUCAGUUUGACAUUGAACUUGACCUCGUUUUGAACUUAUGUUGCUUUGUAUCAACAAGGAUGCCACAGGGGGCAUCAGGCGUUUAUUGAACGCAGCUUCUUGUUCAUUUGAUAGUUUGAUAGCUAAGAUACACAUUUAAACACACAAAUAAGUGUCUUUCACAACUGCUAAUGUAACAUUUGUGUCGGAUCAGACAUGUCACCUGUUUGAGAUAAUGUUUUUAAAAUUAAAGUGACAAUACACAAACGUUUUACACUUAUUCUCCAGUGUUCAGAGGAUAUUUUAUGUUUAGUAAUCCUUUGUGGCCAUGAAAAAUUGUCUGGUUUUCAGAAUUCAGAAUUACCAGAAUUCAGAGUGUUUUUUAAAAGAAUGUAUGACAGAAAAACUUUGGAAUUCGAAAAUCAUCCAAUUUUCAGAGGAUUCGGUUUUCAGGGUUUUUACUGUAGUUAAAUUUGUUGGAGUAACACAACCACAAAAUCUACUAAAAAUAGUCCCCUGCAAAUACACUGUAUAUCCUUUCCCUUCAUGCUCAAAGUUGCUGACUCUCAAUCAUUAGCCUAAUUCCGUAGCAGUUUCUUGCAAGAGAUGAUUUUUCUUUGAGGAAGCUCUCCAGCUGGCUUCUAGAAGAUCAGGGUUUCUUCUGUUAAAGCCGGAACAGAGAACAUCUAAUGAAGAUCAUUAAAGUUGGUGAAAUUAAUUAUAAAGAGUGGAUUUCAAGUUACAAGAAAGCUAAGAAAGAGUACCUCCAGAAAUGUGCAGAGAAAGGGAUUAACAUAGACCCUAACUUUGUUGGUAGAGAAGUUGUACUAGAAGAUGUCCUCAAGUACUUGAGGGAAGAAUUUAAAGGUGUGGUGUUAUGUGGUAUAAGUGGGAUGGGAAAGACGAGCCUGGCCAAUCAGGUGUGUGGGCAGCUCAUGUACAGUAAACCAGCAUGGAAAAUCAUCAUCAUCAAUCAAAGAGAGAAAUCCGAACUGAAUGAGCUGCUGGUGGAGCUGAUAUCGGAGCUCAGUGAAGAAUUGUGUAUAGAAGAACACAUGCAACUGCUCUCAGAAACCAACACAAGCCAUCUCAGGAUACAAUGUAGCAUACUAAUGCAAGAAUUGAUUGACAGGCAGUCUAACAUGUUGAUACUUCUGGACAACAUUGAUGGACACUGUGAUGGAAGCACGAAGCAAAAUGAAUUUUGUCAAUUCAUGAAGGAAAUUCUACAUAAAAUUCCUCUCACAAGCAAUGUUAAGUUUCUGUUGACAGUGGGGAAGAAGUUGUCAAAUAUAACCAAGAUUUCAAAUGAAAGGAACUUUUUAUUUGAUAAACAAAUGGUGGAACAAGAGCUGAAACCUUUGACAGGUGAAGAUACUGCUAGAGUUCUACGUAAAAUUUCACACAAGUCUGAAAAGGACCUGCCAGGUUCUGUCUGCGAUGGGGUACAUUCUAUAUGCGGAGGAAUUCCAUUUUCUGUCAGCAUGGUUGGAGACCUAAUUAAGAAUGGCUUUACAGCAGACAAACUUCUCUCGGGCCUUCAGCGUCAGCCACAAACUGUUCCCAUGGACACUUUCCUGCAGAAAUCAUUCCAGAUGUUAGAAACUUCUCCUCAGAUGCAUGAACUGAAAACCCUCCUGGUACGGUUUUCGGUUUUCCAAACUGCUAGAUUUAACAUCCAGGCCGCUGUAUCAGUUGGUUUCGAUACUGAGAAAGAGGUAACAUUUAGAAGACCUGGAAUGAGUGUUAAAGACCCAACGUUGAGAGACAACAUGUGGAUAAAAUUACAACAGUUAAAAUCUCAUUUCUUACUUGAAGUUGAUGAUGCCUUCUCUUCGCUAGGUCGGAAAAAGAGGUCAGCUGAAAAAUUAUACUCAUUACAUCCACUUGUCGCUAAGUAUGUCAUGUCACUUUGUAGGGAAGAUGAAAAUCUCAGGUUAGAGAGAGAAUCAGCAAAGUUUCAGUUUUUAAAACACUAUUGUACAGAAAUAGAAAAAUUGGGAGAAAGCUCUGAUAAAGAUCCUUUGAUAGCCAGAAACAUUAUGGAUGCAAAUAUGGUCCAUAUCAAGCAAUUUUUUAACAUAAUUCGUCAAGAAGCAACACUGUUAACUAAAUACUUACCACAGAAAGAUCCAAACAAACACAGAAAAUCUUCGUCAGUUGCUGUUCAGAGACGACGUAUUUGGAAAAUUGCCGACUGGGCUAUAUCAUCGUUAGAAAGGAAAUUAUUUGCUAGAAGACAGGCGGAACUUGAAAAGGAAGGCAAAAAUUUGUUCAGUUACAUCUACUGGCGAUCUUUGGAAGCAGAGAGUCUUUUGACUCAAGAUAGGAUUCAGCAGACACUCCAGCUACUGGAUGGUGUAACCUCGGAACUUGGAAUAGUCACAGAUGAUACAGUUUGUUCGAAAGUAGAUGGUUGGAACCAGCCACCCGAUGAAGAAAUACCAGCAUGGGCAACCUUUUAUAUGGUCAAAGGAAGGCUUUAUUUCAUGAAGAGUCGGAACAAUAAUGAAAAGGUCCUGCAUGAACGAGCAAUGGAUUUCUUGACAAUUGCCGAGAAACUUUUUGAAGGGCAAACAAAAUCAAGAAAAGGUGAGGUCCUUUACUCUAGAAAAUACUUCCAAACUGAUCUCGCUGAUGUAAAAAAUUUGGAAGGCUGUGUAUUUUUUCUGAUGAAAUUAUAUGAAAAGUCAAUGCCUUGUCACGAAGCAGCAUAUAAUCUUAUACUGAAGCUUACUGGGAACCAGCUUCAUAAAAAUCUGACUGAGUACCGGAGUAAUGUAGCAGCAUGUUAUCAUCAGUUGGCACUGGAUACAGAUAAGCCAGAGGAUACAGCAAAAAGAAGUAUGCUUUUCCAGAAGGCUCUGAAAUUUUAUGAUCAGUCUGUUAGAAACAAUAAGCAGAUGAGAUGUGAAAUGAUGCCAAGCCAGGCAGGAACUUUGCGGAAUAGAGCUGAAAUCUAUUACAAGCAAGAGUUGUUAGAGAAGGCGUUAGAAGAUGGGAAACAUGUGCUGAAAAUUGUCAGGAAUUUGUAUGUGCCACCACAUAUAGAGAUAACACUGGCCCUUGAAAGACUUGCACACUACCACCUUAAAAUUGGAAAGAAGAAACAGAAGGAGUUGGAUGUGGAUGGUCAAGAUCAUCUAGAAAAAGCCAUGCAGUACUAUGAUGAGGUAUUAAUGCAGAUUACAAAUGGAGGGUUACCAAUUGAAAACAAUGAUGCUAGGACAUACAGACAUGUCAGAGAUAACCAUAUAAAAGUGAUGAAGUUACUGAGGUAUGAACAUCGUUUGAUAGAAGAUAGGGUCAAAGACUAUCAGGCUUUUGAAGAAGGUAAAUACAACAAGAGCAUUCAACAUAACCUUCAGCAUGACCUUGACUUUGUUCCUGCGGAGUUUCUCAAAAAAGCUAUUGAAGAGGGUGCAGUGUUUGUCCCUCACAAAAUGGAUGAUUCUGACAGUGAAUCUAGCGAGACAAGUUCCAGUGAAGCAAGUCAUUCAAGCAGCAGCAGUAAAAGUAGUUCUCGAGGUGCUGAAAGCCCUAACAGAAUGAUGGAUGUUGAUCAAGUCAUAGCACUAAAGAGACAGGAUAGUGGUCUCGAAGAAACCGAAAUGAGUGAUGAAGAAUUAAGACAUACUGAGAACUCUGAAGUUGUUGGAAAAGAUAGUGAAAAAUUUGAAAAGAAUGAUAUGGAAAUCGAUAUGGAAGGAGGAAAAAUACCUGAUCGUGGCAAUCUAAUUGCUAGUGGCUCAGAAGAGGACAGUGUGUUUGAUAAAAGAACAGAUACUGAGAGUAAGAGAAAGACAUUCAGGAAAAAGUCCAGUUCAUCCCUCACAAGACAAGCUAGUAUUGAUUUACCAGAUGUGGUUGAAGUAGACGAAAGUCAAGGUGAUGUGCAAGUUGUUGAGCUUCGUGAACCAUCCACUUCUAGCUUUACAGAUUCAGCAAGGGGGUCAUGGUCAAGUUCAGUAUCUACAUCGAGCUUUGAUUCUCAUAGAAGGUCCUCUACAAAUGAUUCCAGGGAGUCAUGGAGGGGAUCUAGACUUUCAGCCAGUUUUGGAUCUCAGAAAUGCCAUGAAACAUGGUCGAGCACAGCAUCUGAUGAUAGUACAUUUUCUGGAGCUCAGAAAAGGCGUGAAAAUUUCUCAAAUACAGGGUCCCAGGAUAGUGUAACCUCACAGAUGGGAAGGUUGCUUUGUCUUGAAGACUUGGAAGAAAAUGUUGAUGAUGAUGCAGUUGAUAAACCAACCGCUAAGCGGAAGAAAACUGACCACCAAUGAGAAAAUAGCUAGGAAGAAAGACAGAUACCUUCACAGAUAUCUCAUGGCGUAUCACUAUCAAAAAGGAUGAACCUUUCAAGUCACAUGCAUUCUUGGUAAUAUCAGCAACAACACUGCUACCAACAUUUCUGGUAAUAUCAACAGCUUCACUGCCACAAACAUAUCUGGUAAUAUCUGAAACUAAACUGGUACAACAUUUCUGGUAAUAUCUGAAACUAAACUGGUACCAGCAUUUCUGGUAAUAUCAGCAAUUUCCACUGCUACCAACAUUUCCAGUAAUAUCAGCAACAUCACUGCUACCAAUCUUUUGGGAAAUGUCAGCAACAUCACUGCUACCACAGUCGGUAAUAUGUGCAACGCCAAUGCUACAACACUCUGUUAUAUAUGCAACUUCACUUCUACUAACUUCUCCAGUAAGACCAGCAACUCCACUGCUACCAGCAUUUCUGGAAAUAUCAGCAACUCAACUGCUGCCAGUAUUUUUGGUAAUAUCAGCAACUCAGCUGCUCCCAGCAUUUCUAGAAAUAUCAGCAACUCAACUCCUACCAGCAUUUCUGGAAAUAUCAGCAACUCAGCUGCUACCAGCAUUUCUGGAAAUAUCAGCAACUCAACUGCUACCAGCAUUUCUGGAAAUAUCAGCAACUCAGCUGCUCCCAGCAUUUCUAGAAAUAUCAGCAACUCAACUGCUACCAGCAUUUCUGGAAAUAUCAGCAACUCAGCUGCUACCAGCAUUUCUGGAAAUAUCAGCAACUCAGCUGCUAGAUUCUAUCAGUAUUUUUGGUAAUAUCAGCAUCUGAACAGCUACCAACAUUUUCAGUAAAAUCAGCUAUUCGACAGCUACCAAUGUUUCAGGUAA